UUCAAAGAAGAAGAUUUCUAGUUUUGUUGGUUUAAAAUUCAAUGAAUAUGUGCUUGGGUCGAUACAUUUAUGUUUAUGAUUUUCCUUAAAAAUUCAAUGAAGAUAUGCUCAAAGAUUGUCAGCUGAUUACUAGGGCUACUGAUAAAUCCAGCAUGUGUUCAUAUAUACAAAACUCAGGUUUAGGUUCUCAGAUUGAAAGUUCCCAUGCUUUGGAUUUAUGGAAUAGCAAUUGGUUUUCAACAAACCAAAUCUUACUUGAGGUUAUUUUUCGUAACAGAAUGAAGAAAUACAAGUGCUUAACCAAUGAUUUGACACUCGCCUCUGCUGUUUUCGUGCCAUAUUAUGCUGGCCUCCACCUUCGCAAUCUAUGGGGAUUCAAUACCUCUAUAAGAGAUUCAUCUGGUCUCGAUUUGGUUAAAUGGCUUGCAGGAAAACCUGAACGGAAAAGAAUGUGGGGUAAUGAUCAUUUCUUGAUUUCAGGGAGGAUAGAUCGAGAUUUCAGGAGACAAUCAAACGGGAAGUCUGAUUGGGGUAGCAACUUCAGGUUCCUGACAGAAUAUGAGAACAUGUCAAUGUUAACAAUUGAAUCAGGAUCCUGGAAAAAUGACUUUGCUGUACCAUAACCCACAUACUUCCAUCCUUCAACAGAUAAUGAUGUUUUUCAAUGGCAGAAACUCAUGAGAAUCCAAAACCUACCUUUCUUAUUCUCUUUUGCUGGUGGCCAAAUCCAGACAGAAAGGCUAAACAAGGAUGAGAUUAUCAGCCAAUGCCAGCCAUCAAACAACUUAUGCAAUUUACUAGACUGUGGUUCCAUUGGGCAUAAAUGCGAUGAUCCAAUUAAUCUGAUGAAGCUGCUUCAAAGCUCAGUGUUCUGCUUGGAGCCUCCAGGGGAUUCAUUGACAAGAAGGUCAGCUUUUGAUUCCAUUUUGGCUGGUUGUAUUCAUUGACCACCUGAAUGGAAAUAGAUGGUCACUAUUUUUUUCCCAGGUAAUUCUCACAGAGCUGCCACCAUUUGUGCUAGCCUUGAGCCAGCAAUGUGGAGUCAUUUUUAGGUUCCAAUGGUCAAUGUAAACCAGGAGGAUGAAAAAGGACAAAAUUCUAUUGUAAG